AUGAACUAUAAUGCUGACAUCGAAGCGGAUGAUGAGCUGAGCAGCACUUCUUCCGAUGAAGAGCACAGCUUGAGAGACGAAAUUCCAGCAAAUGCAGUGGCGUCGAAACCAUUCCUCGUCAUUGCACAAGGAUCUCGCCAGGAAAUGCAGAACUUGGCUGACGAUCUGCAACGCAUCGUCGUGAACAUGAUGGUUCAAAUUGCCAACCUACCCUGGAACCAUGACCGACCAUUGGAGCAGCUGAACCACAUCCCGUUCCAAGAAGACGUCCCCCCCGACGACGAAAGCGAGGGGUACGUCAGUGCCAGCAACAGCGAGGACUAUUAUGAAGGGUGCAGCACGUGCUUCUCAGAGUCGGAGUCGGAAUCGGGGGACUGAUGACGUACUUCCAAUUGCCGCCUUCCCUCGAAGGAUUCAUGACUGGAUAAAGUUCCCUUGGAUCGAAAU